GCACCUCCCAACUCCCUGCAAAAACCAAUGCAAAUCAAAAUAUAGACAAGACAGAGAGAGAGAGCCAUUUUUGAAAGGGGAGAGAGACUGAGAGAGAGAGCCAUUGUUGAAAGAGAGAGCGAAGAAGAAGAAGAUGUUGAGAGUCGCAGGUAGGAGGCUCUCCUCUUUCUCAUCGUCAUGGUCAUCGAGGCCGCAUCAGCUACCAUCCUUAACCUCGUCGGCUAUCAUCUCCGACUAUCCCAUCAACGGCGUUGAUUCCUCGUUGGAUGACCUCGGAUCCACCAACUUAUUUCCAUUAGCUCCCCAAUUUCAUCAUCUUCCAUGCAGAGGCUUUGCUUCGGAGUCGCUCACCCCAAAGAAUGAAAAUAACAUUAUUCCAGACACUCCAGCAACUGUAGCAGCUGUUAAGAACCCCACCUCCAAGAUAGUCUACGAUGAGCACAACCAUGAGCGUUACCCACCAGGUGACCGCAGCAAGCGGGCAUUUGCCUAUUUUGUUUUGACAGGUGGAAGGUUUGUGUACGCUUCCCUGAUUCGCCUCCUUAUCCUAAAGUUUGUUCUCAGCAUGUCAGCUAGCAAGGAUGUUCUGGCUCUGGCCUCUCUUGAGGUUGAUCUCUCCAGCAUUGAACCUGGCACCACUGUGACUGUUAAGUGGCGUGGAAAGCCAGUCUUCAUCAGGCGCCGAACAGAGGAGGAUAUCAAGCUGGCAACCAGUGUUGAUGUGGGAUCUCUCCGUGAUCCGCAGGAAGACUCAGCGAGGGUUAAGAAUCCAGAAUGGCUUGUUGUUGUUGGGGUUUGCACCCAUCUGGGUUGCAUCCCCUUACCAAAUGCUGGUGAUUUUGGUGGGUGGUUUUGCCCCUGUCAUGGUUCUCAUUAUGACAUCUCUGGCAGGAUACGCAAGGGUCCAGCGCCGUACAAUCUGGAGGUACCAACUUACACUUUCUUGGAUGAGAACAAGUUACUAAUUGGAUAAGCAUCGAAGAUGAGGUUUCUUUCCGGUGGAUAAUGAGACGUUAGGAUCUCAUCAUUAUGUAUUUCAUUCAUAAAUUGACUAGCACUUGUUGCAUAUAUAUUUAUUUUUCUUCUUCCCCUAUGGAAAUGCUUAGUGAUGGACAUGUAACUAUGCAUAUUCCCAUUGCUAUUGAGGAUGGUUUUGAUCUGAAACUCAAUAAGUUGUCCACAAAUUAUAUAAAAAUGUUGAUCUUUCAUA